AUGGGGAGUAUAGAAACUGAGAGAUACUUUGUUUUCAUGAACUAUGAUCCUGAAUAUGAGCGCCUUCGAGCUGAUCGGACAAAGAGAGGGGCAUAUGAGCUUGAUGUGUAUCUAAGCAGGAAGCAUGAUGAGUUAUUGGCAAACACACUUGAGCAUGGCAGCUACAAGAAGACAAUAUCUUUGGUCAUUGUUGAUGGUUUUGCAGUAGAAAUCACUGAAGCUCAGGCCAGUGUGCUUAGAUCUGCUAAUGGGGUGAGAGUUGUGGAGAAAAAUCAAGAGCUUCCCCAUUAA